UAGCCUUUCUCUCUCGCUGCUGCUCCCUUCCGCCUCCAUCCUCCUCCAGCCGCGACAGCGCGCGCGGCGUUUCGUUCCAGCGCGAUACAUCGGGGGUGGUCGGCGAGGCGAGGCGGCGGUGGGGGAUGGCGAAGGCCGGCGGGGGCCUGAUCUGGGCGACGGCGGAGGACCUGGCGCGGAACCGGCCGGUGGUGCUGUCCAUGUACCGGCAGAUCCUGCGGGCGCUCAACUCGCCGGCGCUGCCGCUGGGCCACGCGGCGCGGCUGGCCAAGAAGGCCGAGUGCCGCGCCAUCUUCAUCUUCGGCGCCGAGGAGAGGUCGCUGCACAACAUCCAGGACCUCCUCGCCGCCGCGCGCCACACCCUCGGCCUCCUCAACCGCGGCCGCGUCCCCUAGAGAGCAAGGAACGAGCCUAGCCCUAACCUCCAUGUAGUAGUACGGCAUUAAUCUGGUGCCAUUUUGUUCAAUUGAAACAAUCCGCAGCCCAGUCGUUCCUCUAUGUAUGCACUGCAAAUCAUAAAUAUGUUGCGAAGCCGAUAAGAAACGAAAAUUGUCGCCAUGAAUCCAAAUUGUGCGUUUAAUUUUGCAAUCA